CCCCUCGCCAUGUCCGACCGGACGCCCCGUGCAUCCGCGGCACCCACUCUGCACCCAUUCGCCGCUGCGGGCUCGUCGUCGGCGUCGCCAUCACCUACCCCGUCGCCAUCAUCGUCAUCACGGUCGGGCCCCUUUGGCAUGAUCAAGUCGUCCAUCUCGCGCAAAAAGCCUGCAAACCUAGACAUUUCGCGCAGCAUUCCAAAGCCAUCGGCCAGAGGCGCAGCAGUCGUAGGCCCCGAUUCGGCAGGAAACCCAGACUGCACAGGCGUCACCUACAUCCCAGAGGCAGACCGGCUCCGCGACGAGAUUGCCCGCUUGCAGCUCUCGACGCCUUCCUCGUCGUCGUCGUACGCCUCGGGACCAGAGUCGCCGCCCGGUCUCUCGCCCUCGGCGGGGACGGGGACGGCUGCAGCAGCAGGCGGCUCGGCAUCGCGCGAUCCUGGACCUCCCCCGCCACGCCCACCGCGACGCCAGCAGGCUUCGCACUCGGGCGCCGACGCGUCGUCGACCCUGUCGCACUCUACGUCAGUGUCCACGCUCGACUCUACGCCCAGCCGUAAACACACAAAGGACAAGCACGCUGGUAAUGGCAGCAAGAGGAAAAAGGACAAGAAUGGCGAGGAUCUCGUCAAGGACGAGGACCUGCAGAUCCUCGCCGACCUGGGUUCUGGCAACGGUGGCACCGUCACAAAGGUCUGGAACAAGAAGCGCAAGUGUGUCAUGGCGAGAAAGCUCAUUCUUGUCGACGCCAAGCCCUCUGUGCGCAAGCAGAUUCUUCGCGAGCUCCAGAUCAUGAACGACUGCAACUCGCCAUUCAUUGUGUCAUACUAUGGCUGUUUCCCAGUCGACGUGCACGUCGGCAUCGUCAUGGAAUUCAUGGACAUUGGCUCCCUCGACUACAUCUACAGACAUACCGGCCCCGUCCCCAUUGACAUUGUGGGCAAGGUUGCCGAGGCGGUGCUACGUGGCCUCGUUUACCUGUACGACGUCCAUCGCAUCAUCCACCGUGACAUCAAGCCGUCCAACAUUCUUGCCAACACGGCCGGCGAGAUCAAGAUCUGCGACUUUGGUGUCUCGGGCGAGCUGAUCAACUCGAUUGCCAACACAUUUGUCGGCACCAGCACCUACAUGAGCCCGGAACGCAUCCAGGGCGAUGACUACACGAUCAAGUCGGACGUCUGGUCGCUGGGCAUCUCGCUGGUCGAGCUUGCCCACGGGCGCUUCCCGUUUGCCGAGCCGCCUGAUGGAUCGGGCGACGAAGGGGACGUGUACGCCGACGACGACGGGACCCCUGUCGAGGACAAGUUUGACCCCGACGCUACGUUGCCUGCGUCUGCGCAGCGCCCAGACUUGAGCGCCAAGAGGCGAAACCGCCGGCGCGGUGUGAGCCUCGGCGGUGGAGGCACGACCAUGUCGAUCCUCGACCUCCUCCAACACAUUGUCAACGAGGCUGCGCCUCGUCUGGUCGACCGAAACCAGCGCUUCCCGCUCACGGCGGUCACGUUUGUCGACUCGUGCCUCGACAAGGCCCCGCAGCGGCGCAAGAGCCCGCAGGAGCUGCUUGAAACCGACUGGAUCAAGGACUCGACCGUGACGGCCGACGACCUCAAGGCGUGGGCGCAGGGCGUCGCGAACCAGACCAAGGCUUAAUUCAAACAUGUCGACUGUCUUACCUCCACAAUGAUACCCUCCAACCCCAAACCCCAUCAAUCACCUCAACUUCACCAACAAUAGCCCCCCUUGCUUGACCGCAGCGCGCGAAAUUGUAUAUAUACGACGACGACCCGCGGGCUUGUACCCUGUCCAUACACACUGCAUACAGCACACGUACAGAGCGG